AUGGAUAAAGUGAUUUUGGAUAAGGAUCUAAACUGUUCUAAAGAUUUAUCUAUGCAAAGCAAGGAAGGUGAAUAUCGAAGAUGCAAGAUAUAUGAUUGGACCAAUGAUGAGGACGAGGUCAUUGCUGAAGGUCUCGUGUGCUCUUCAAAAUCCAAAGACAUGGUUAACAACAUACCUCUGGGUCCCAAUGCUGUUAGUGUCGAAGUAGUGAAGGUGUUCAAUGAUCAAGCAUAUUUGUGGAGGCCAACCGCUGAUAUGUUCUUGAUUGGUGAUGCACUUAGCGAGAAAAUAGCAUGGCCAGUCCUAAAGGUUGAAGUCAUGCCUACACCUGCUACAGAAGUAACACCAACUAAAUGUGCAGGGAAGAAAAUAGCAUCACCUUCGAAGCCAGCCAAGAAAAAAGCAGUG